AUGGAAGUUGGUAUCAUUGGUUCAGGCAUCAUCGGCCUUCUAUCAGCCUUAACGCUCACCGAUGCCGGCUACAAAGUGACUGUUGUCGCACGCGAUCUCCCCGGAGAUGAAACACAGGACUGGGCAAGCCCUUGGGCCGGAGUGUCGAUCUACCCCCAUCCAGACGUUGGUGGCCAUGAUCUCCAAACAGAGAACUUCAAAUACUUUUGGGCAUUAGCCCACAGAGAUCCCACCAGUGGUGUUCAAACCGUAAAAGCGACUGAAUAUUAUGAUGACCGCGAGGAUGAUUCAACCAUUUGGUACAAGACUGUCGUUCCACGCUAUCGUCUCAUUUCCAAGAAAGAUCUUCCUCAGGGCGUCAAGCUUGGUUUCACGUAUACCUCUAUGACCAUCAACCCUGCAUUCUUCCUGCCUUGGGUUCAAAAGCAGUUGGAGGCUCGCGGAGUGAAAUUCAUUCGCAAAAUACUAAACUCUAUCGAGGAGGCACAGAAGAUCACAGGUACUAAAUUAAUUGUACACGCAUCUGGGCUUGGAGCAUUUACCCUUGCCAAUGAUAAGAAUGUGGAAGGAAUCCGCGGACAGACUAUGUUCGUGAAGACUGAUUUUGAGGAGUUGAAGAUGCAUCAGGGCUCUCAUUAUACCUAUGUGAUCCCUCGGAUGUUUACCAACGGCGCCAUUAUUGGAGGUGUGAGCCAGCCUGGUAGCACGGACCGUAGCGUGGACAAGGAUCUACGCUCGGAUAUUAUUCGACGGGUGAAGACACUGACCAAUGGGGAGAUUGGCGACAUUGACCUGGAAAAAGAUGUCCAAGAAGACAUUGUUGCCUUCCGACCUGGAAGAAAAGGAGGAUAUCGGUUGGAGACUGAGGGUUCCACUGUGCAUGCUUAUGGCUUUGCAGGCUUGGGUUAUAUCUUCAGCUACGGGGUGGCUCUGAAAGUUCGAGCGCUUGUUGAUUCAAUUAGAAGGGGAAAUAAGGCUCUGAAGAGUCGUCUCUGA